AUGACUUCUUCCGAUUCGAGUAUUAUGAGCGUGAGAGAUAUGAUUGAUGCUGCUUUUGGAGAACCAGAGACAAACGUUGUAAAUCAUAAACUUAUACAAACCAUACUUUAUCUGCUUGCAAAACAACUACGACUCCUGGAACGACACGUUAAAGUAGAAAUUGGACCAUCAUUAAACAUUACUUCAAACACCAGCUUGUCUAUAACAGAAAUUAAAUUACAUGCAAUGCAAAAAAAGAGAUCAAAACCUGGUAAAGUUAAAGACGAUAAAGGGAAAAUUGAACGAGCAAAAGCAGAUGCGCUGUCUGGAAUCAAGGGAAGAUCAAAAGAAACAAAAGAUGACAAAGCACCAGAAAUAACGACGACAUCUGAAAAGUCUACUUCUGACAAGUCUUCAAAACAUAUUGCUUCUUCGGAUAAAACAGAUCCUGAAAAUGUAAGCUCUUUGCGACCAUUAAAGGAGACAACUUCACAAGAUACAUCAGAUUCUGCUAAAAAAAUGUCAACCGAAAAAACAUCUUCAAGCACUAGCGAAAAGAAAACUACCGGACUAAAAAAAACAACACAGGAUUACACAAAAUUGCUGGACGAGUUAGAGGAGCAAAGAGAAAGGCAACUGCGAAUCAUCCAUCAGAGAGCUGAUUCGCGAGAAGUCCCGCAAGAAAGUCCAACUCCAAUGGCUUCCCUUGAGUCAGUAGAAGCACAGUACGAAAAAUUACUAAUCGUUGAAAGAGUUCCAAUGGAAGAAGCCAAAGCACGACAUGGUAGUAUCAUGACGCCAACAUUGUCUGUGGUGACACAAGAACAAUUCGCUGAACUGGAAGCACAAAUAAAAGCACUACAAGAAAAAUUAGCCCCUACGGGAAAGGCAGAUUUUCCUGAAAAUGCACAACUACUACAAGAACUGCGUAAAGGUGCAUCUUUAACAGAUGCGAUGGCUGCUUUGCAGCUAUCUGCUCGACUAGAAGCUGCGGAGAAAACUCUUGAUCAAAUGCUGUCAUUGCUAACGGAAGUUGCCAUUAAAAAACCAAACAUUGAUCAACAUCUUACAAAACAGAUAAAACCAGAUAAAAUGGACACUGGCUUACCAAUUGCGUCAUUCAAAGCACCUUUACAAGAAAUAUCAGUACCUUUAGCCUCUUCGAAAACUACUGAUGCUACUAUGCCAACGUUAGCGGCUGAUGCUAAAGAUCUCAAUGAUUUGACAAUUUUAGACACAUCAAAACAAAACUUUGAUGUAGUAACCCGCGAUGAAUUGAAGACAGCAAUGCAAGAUCUAUAUGACGAAAUAAUAAAAUCGACAAAUAGUAUAACCGCAAAAAGUACUUCGGACGCAAUCAAUGCUUUAAAGAUUGCAAAAAAAAUGGAAGAAAAAUUGGAUAAAUCCGUCGAUUUAAGCAAUCGUAUGGAUGAUCUAGAAACUUUAGUAGCAGAUUACGCAGAACAAAUAAAUAUUUUAGACACGGGACUCUCUUCUCAGAUGACGAACUAUCAAGAGCAGUUAACACAAAUGCAACACGACUUAGAAAGUGGAUUAGAUAAUAUGGCGGAAACACUCGCUAAUGCCGGUGGAGACACUACUGCUGUUACAGAACUAAACGGUCAUUUUUCUAAUCUUCAAUUUGAUCUAGAGAAUAUGUUUCUCAGCCAAAAGGAGUUAAAUGACAAUCAAAAUAAGCUGUCCGUGGAUCUAGAGGGCUUAUGGCAGCAUAUUGAAGUACUGCGAUCGACAAAAGCUGACCGAGAGGAAGUAGCAGAUGCUCUUCGAGACAAAGCUGGUAUUGCAGCUUUAAACGGAUUAGUUUCUUUACAACAAUUCGAUGCAGUUCAAGGUGAUUUUGAAAAACGUAUCUUGACAGCAUAUGAUAAAUUCAACAACCAAGAAAUGAUAUGGCAAAAAGCUAUUGACGAUCUUUUGAGAGGCCUUAACGAAAAGGCAGACUACAAUCAAGUUACUUCUUUACGUGACGAAAUACAAAAAUAUCUAAACAUGUUCAAUAGUAGAAUUAACGCAAUGUCUGAAAUUCUUGGGGAACCACGUGCUGCAGCUAUCUUAAGAAAAAUACAUCGGGACUCUGCAUGUUUAUCUUGUGCCACCCCAGCUGUGAUGGAUUUAGAAGAGCCAGGCACAAUACCAGCAUUACCCGCUUUAUCAUCUAGAUCCCCUGGAGUUGGGGCAGAAUCUCUGAAUCCAAAAGAAGAUGGAGACCAUCUUUGUUAUCCUAGACACCCGAUACCCCACCAAAAAGAUUCGAGAUCACACGCGUGCAAUCGAUAUUGUGGAGGUUCGCAUACAAUACUUAACAAUAUGAGUAGAGUUCCAGCGGGUAUGGUCGUCACUCCUAUAAUACGCCACGUUGCAACCGGACUUGGCUCUGAUGGAAAAGUUUAUCGGUUAGAAGACACUAUCAAGCCAUGUAUUCCUUGCAAUACAUUAAAAGCAAUUAGUCCACGGCAAUCAACCGUCGUUCCAGCUGUACCCAGUUCAGCAACAUCAGGUAUAACUCCUCCAGAAUUUACAACUGAACCGUAUACUUCCUGCGUGGAUGCAGUUUCUAUAACUCCACCACCAUACGCCAUUUAUGAAGAAUAGAAUAAAAAUACUCCAUCAUUUCUUUGUAUAGUUCAUUUCAAUGUCGACAUAAUCAAAUUAUUGGAAAUAA